AUGCUUACGACUUUCGCACUUAAGCAAAUGUUCCUUUUAGCCCCACCUAAAGUUGGUGUCGAUCAGUCAAUUGAAGUAGUGAAAGGCAAGGCUGUUACGCUGUCGUGUGAAAGCGACAGUUAUGGAAGCGAUAGAACUACCACUGCUUGGCGUUUGAACGGCUCAGAUGUGCUGCCAGAAAACGUGCAGGUUCCACUUGAUGGUCAGCGCAUCUUCGUUGUCGACACAGCAUUAUCAAAUGGUGGCACGUACACAUGUAUCGUUCGAAAUUCGGCAGGCGAGAGUCGCAAGAAUAUUAUCCUUAACGUGAUUGAACCACCAGAAUUCGUUGAAAAACAAUUCGAUCAGAACAUCCGAGUGAUAAGUGGUUCUCCGUUGAGCCUUGCUUGUCUUGUGAAGGGCUCUCCAUUCCCAUUGAUUGAAUGGCGCAAGGAUGGAGUGACAAUAACAGACAACGUCUUCAGUGACAAUGGACAACGACUGACUAUUGAUUCAAAUGGAAUGACCACACAUCGUUUUACAUGUCUCGUUUCUAACAAGGCAGGAUCCAUUGCUAGGAACUUCUUUGUACAGAGUGUUACCCCACCUGCUAUCAAGGACGCCGGUGAUCGUACGAUUGUCGAAGUAACUGAGUCACAGAACGCAGUUCUACAGUGUCCGGUGGUUGGCGAUGUUGACAUAACGUGGAGAAGACAAGGGCGCACGAUCGAAGUUGCUUGUCCUUUCGAUUCCGAUGGAGUUUUCACAGUCGAUGAAACACGGUUGAUUCUUAUGAACGUUCAAAAGUCACAUGAAGACACCUUCACAUGUAUCGCUAAAAACAGCGCAGGAGAAGCGGCACGGGACUUUGAAGUCGUUGUAUUAGUUGCACCCCGCGUGGUGGGAUCAUUGGUAGAAGACGUGGAAGUGGUGGAGGGCCGCGAACUGACACUGCACUGUGAUCAUGAUGCAAGUCCGGAAGCCAGUGCCAGUUGGACGAAAGAUGGCGAGCAACUUCCACAAACUGCACAACUACUUCACGAUAACUACACUUUGGCGAUGAGUAAAGUUACUGGCGUCGAUGGAGGCGUGUACCGCUGCUCGUUGACGAAUAAGGCGGGCUCAGCUGAGAAAACGUUCAACGUUCGAGUGAUUCAGAAGCCAGAAUUUGACGGGAAAGAUGAAGUAACCGUCGUGAAGGUUAACAUUAGUCGUCCCGUCACUCUUGAUUGCCCAGUGAAAGACACUCUUGGUGUGGAACUGUCGUGGUCUCGUCAUCAAAUGCCUGCCGUAAACGCUGUCGAAAACGUUCAGAUUAUCUCGGGCGGUCGUCAUCUUUUCAUUCCUUCCGUACAAGAGAGCGAUGAAGGAUUGUUUACAUGCAUGGCUAGAAACCUUGCUGGAGAGACCACUAAGACCUAUAAACUGCUGCCAUUUCAAGUUCCACCUAUUAUACUAAACGAAGGAGGCGAAUAUACUGUAAUUGAGAAUAACUCUUUGGUUCUUCCUUGUGGAGUGGAAGGAAACCCAAAGCCAGUCAUAAUGUGGACAAAGGAUGGACGACCAGUUAACGGGUUGAAGUCGGUGGGAACUCAUUCUGAAGGACAGCAGUUUAAAAUCAGUCAUGCUGAAAGAACUCGUCCAUCUGUGUUACGGGGUAUCAAGGAGACUGUGGAAGUACUUAAAGGGGAGACUGCUCAUUUCCGCUGUCCCAUUGCCGAGAAGAAUUUUAGAGGACAAGUUGUAUGGACAGUCAUCGAAAACAGUUCAGUCACGUUGUCCUGUCCAGCCACUGGUAAACCAGAGCCGAAGAUAACAUGGCAGAAAGAUGGCGAGUUACUUCACCCGGGAAAUAUUACAACGGUCAUAAAGUCAGCACAAAUGAUUGGAAGUGAAAUAAAGAUUGCAGCAAUAAAGGAAGUGGACUCUGGUCGAUUUACAUGUGAAGCGUCAAAUAAAGCUGGGACCUCGGAACAAGACUUGAUUGUGAACGUGAUGACACCACCUCGGAUUGAACGUGCAGGAAUUCCUGCCGGCAUUGAAGAGAUCUCCGAUCGUCCUGCUACCAUUUCUUGUCCAGUUUAUGGCAAACCUGUACCUACCGUUACGUGGCUCAAGGGUGGUCGCCCAUUGGGUUACCAACAAAAUGUGAAGACCUCUGCGAAUGGACAAAAGCUGUACUUUCUCAGUUUGGGCAAGAACGAUGCUGCCAGAUAUACAUGUGUGGCAAGGAAUGCUGCUGGAGAGGAUAAUCGCGACUUCACUGUAAAACUGCUAGAGGCACCAUCGUUCGAGGGUCCGAAUCUGGUUCGUCGUGUGCAGGUCAAUGCUGGAAGGCCAUCGAUUCUUAAUUGUCCAGCAACUGGCUCUCCAACACCUGACAUCACAUGGUUCAGUAGCAGUCUUGCUAUGAAAUCAAGUUGGUUGAAAAGAGUAAGAGCGAAGCGAUCUCCCUAUUCAUCACACUGUCUUGACAAUUCCGGCAGGAAUUUUUACCAUAACCCGCAACAACAGCUUUUAUUCUAUAUGGAAUAUUACAGAUAUACUUGCAUUGCAACAAAUGCCGUAGGCUCCGAUGAUUUGGAAACGAGUUUGGAUGUCGUUUCAGUACCCGUUAUACUCGGAAACAAAUACGAAAAACGUGAGGUUAUCGAAAACCUCAGGGAGGACCUCACAUGCGAGGUGAGACUCAAUAACACCGACUCUUCUUUUGAUAUUGAAUGGCAGAAAGCCGGUCAGACAAUCACUCAGCAAACUCUACGGGAUGACAAUUAUCUGCAGCGCGGACCACAGACACUGGAAGGUUUCGAAUUAGCACUGAAAUUCCUACUAUAUGAUACUUCAAUUUUGAAUUAUUUUCAUCGUCACUUUAGGUACACAUGCAUUGUUCGCAACGCAGCUGGAGAAGCGAGAAAAACGUAUGACCUGAAAGUGCUCGUGCCGCCAUCCAUCAAUGAAUUAAGCUCGUCAGAGUCGUUACAGAACGUCAUCCCAGGCUCUCAAAUGAGUCUCGACUGCAUUGUUGAUGGCGAUCCGUUCCCAGAGCAUUUCUUUCAGAUUAAAUGGACCCACAAUGAUGUUCCAAUCCAAGACGGAGAUCAUCACAAAAUGAUCAACCAGAAAGAGACAAUGGUUAUCACGAGUGUUGACGGGCAGAGUUCUGGCAAGUAUACUUGCGUAGCAAGUAAUAAGGCUGGGAACGCCUCAAGAGAUUUUGUAGUACGGCUAACAGGACCACCGGUGAUUGACCAAGGCGUUGAACAGUUGGAAGUGAUUGUUGGAGAUGCGUUGAAUUUGAAUUGUCGGGUGGUUUCCGGAAUCGGAAAUGUGACUGUUUCCUGGAUCAUCGACGGAAAUCCGGUAACAAAUGGAGUGCUCAGUUCUAGUGUUGAGGUAUUGGAUCGGCGUGUUGAAGUUAGCAAUGCACGUCUAAGUGACGCUGGAAAGUACGUUUGCGUGGCCAGUAAUGAGGCUGGUGAAGCAAGAAAAACAUUUGAUCUAUCUGUACUUGAGCUGCCACGAUUCCUUGAUAUGACCAACCUGAACCAGUCUAUCAUCAUCGGUCGACCGGUAACUCUCGAUUGCUCAGUUACUGGUACACCGAAACCGACAAUUACAUGGAUGAAGGUAUAA